AUGCCCCCUGCAGCUUCAAGAUGUGCUAAUACCUCCAUUCUCACCAUCGCGUGCGAAACAGAUAUUGCUCUCGCGAGUACACACAAACCAUGGUGUAACAACAAUGCUGACCAUCUCACCGAGCUUCAACAAGCUGAUGAGAGGGGUCAAACUCGAGGGCUGCCUCCAGGUAUAACACACGUCGAACUUGACCAAAAACUCGAAAAAUGGGUCAAAUACCAUAACGCCCUCCUCAUGGCGGCGACGAUACAUGCGCUUGCCCUGCCCCGCGAUAUAAGACGCUCCCAGACAUAUAUGCUGAGAGUCAAGCUCGCCUAUCGGCCUGACCACGGCGGUGUCUCGUCCAAAUACUUCCGUGUUCUGGACGCCUCAGUGAUCGAUUUCGAGACAGCGAAAACUUUCGGAAAGAUCUGGGUGGCGAGCAUUGACCAGAUUACGAAGCUACGGACGGACAGUGAGACUAUGCGUCGAGGGACGGUAGCCGCUGUCGCUCUCGAGUGCGCCCCACUUGCAAUGCAAAUCGUUCCAUUUGGUUCAUUGCGAGACCUGAGUCCCUUGGUAAUCCAACAGCAAUGGAAGGAGAUUUUAAUACGGGACGUGGAGGCAGGGAAGAAACUGUCGAGAUUUGAGAUGUAG